AUGAGGUCCUAUCUCCUCGUCCUCUCCCUUGUCGCCCUCUCCUCAGCACAGACUUUCAAACGUCUCGGCACCUGUCCGACCCUCGGUUGUGUCUUUCCUCCAGACCAGACCGACUUUCAACCCGGUCAGCUCUUCGACAUCCGUGUAGAGGUCCACGCGCCUGUGAACGGUUCAGAAGCCUUUGCAAACGGGGUCCCAGACGAAAACUUUUCUCUUCAAAUCCAACAUGGUACCGAAGAUCCUGUUGACGUGACUCAGUUCUUCAAUCAAUCAGACCCGCCUUUAGAAAAGUGGAAUUUCACCUACUACGAAGACCUAUUCGCCAGAGACAACAAGGCCCCCACCACCGUCAAUGUUGCUUCCAAAGCCUAUCGUGCUCUCUCUCUCAAAAAACCCGGUCCAUACAAAGCCAUACUCACUUACUACGACACCGUGCAAACCGUAGCCAACUGGGUGGUCCGUGAUCCUCCAAAGAAGAAGAAAGUCAAGAAUGUCAUUUUGUUCAUUGGGGAUGGCAUGACCCAAGCUAUGAUCACUGCCGCCCGUCUUCUUGCACAUAAAUCUAUUAACGGAAAGUACCAAUCGCUCAUGCAGCUGGACCAAAUGGAGGCGUUGGGUCAUCAAAUGACCCACUCGAUCGACUCGUUCAUCACUGAUUCCGCCAACUCUGCGACUGCCCUCUAUACCGGGAAGAAGAGCACUGUCAACGCGUUGAAUGUUUUUGUUGAUUCCUCAUCUGACUCCACCGAUGACCCCAAAUUCGAAACCAUCGCCGAACUCUUCCGUCGCGAAACUGGCGGUCCCGUCGGUAUUGUGUCCACAGCCUUUAUCGCUGACGCUACCCCAGCCGCUCUAUGCGCACACAACCGUAACCGUAACGAUUACCCCAAUGUUGUUUAUGAAUACCUCCACGGCGCAAGCACCCUCCCUAAUGACACCUUACCCUGGCCGACACAUUGUGCGCCAGACGUCAUCUUUGGUGGAGGUGCAGAACAGUUCAUAAAGGGAUCGGGAAGCCCAGAGGGUCUGGACUUCUAUGAGGAGUUCCGAAAGGACGAUUAUAGCGUCGUCUUCGAUAAGGACCAACUGGCGAAUGCGGGGAAUGACAGCAAGGUCUUGGGGAUAUUCUCGAUCAGCAACAUGGCGAAGUGGCUAGACCGGAACGUCUUUCCGAACAACCUUAAAAGCCUGAAGAACCAUCCCUCAGGAGACGGUACUGAUGCGACGAAUCAACCUGGGUUGAAGCAAAUGACGCUCAAGGCCAUCGAUAUCCUUGCAGCUCGCACAAAGAAAACUCAGAAGCCUGGUUUUUUUUUGAUGUCAGAGGCAGCAUCUAUCGACAAGAUGAUGCAUGUACUUGAUUAUCAGAGGGCACUUGGGGAACUGUUAGAGUUGGACGACACUGUCAAGGCUACUUUGGAACACCUGGAAAAAAUUGGCGAGCGCGACAACACGCUCGUCAUUGUUACCGCCGAUCAUGGACACGGAUUUGACGUCUUUGGAGGUUCGGAUGCAAAGUAUCUCGCUGCGCAGAAGACGGACAGGAAGAAGAGGGAUGCUGUUGGCGUCUACGUCAACUCUGGUCUGAGCGGGUACACCGUUGACCCCGAUUCACUACCUACGAACAAUACCGUUCUUGUGGGCCCCCACGGCCCAGGAUUCCCUGUCAAUUGGGAACCUAGGUAUGGGAUUGCAGCCGGUAUGGGUGCGAAUCCUGACCAUCGCGAAGCCUACUCACUGAAUGAACCUGGCCCACGUCUCCCUGCCACGGCCUCUGAUUCAGACCCCGACGAUUUUGUUGUCAACCCCAAGGACCAACCAGAUGGGUUUGUUGUGAACGGUACACUUCCGGUAGACGAAGAUCAAGGUGUACAUUCGCUGACCGACGUAUCGGUUUUCGCAUGGGGACCUGGGCAUGAAGUAUUCCGGGGGGCGUAUAGUAAUGUGGAAAUCUUUUUCAAGAUUGCAGACUCGCUUGGGUUGGGUAUGGAGGAAGAUGGUGAGGAUUGUGAUUGA